AUGAACCCUGGAUUAUCGUCAUUCAUGCCGGAUAUAUUUAUUGACUUCAUUCCCACAUCCCUACAACUUUCUAGUAUUCAAUUGUCCAGUUUCUAUAUCCCAAUGAAGCUACCCAUACUACUGACUGCACUGCCCUGGACGGCAGCAGCAGCAACUCUCCGAUCUAAAUCCAACGUCGUCAACCAGACCACCUGCGGCGGCACAACCUAUGCAUACACCGGCCUAGAAGGCUACGGGUUCAUCCCCUCCAACGCAACCGACAAGUAUGGCGACACAAUCGGCGGAAUCGGCAGUUCUAUAGCCAUUAAGCCAGAUUCCUGGCGCCGAACAGCGCCAAACACCUAUUCCGGGAUUGUCUAUGCUCUCCCUGAUCGUGGCUGGAACACAAACGGAACCCUAAACUUCCAACCACGCAUCCACAAAAUCGCCCUAACCCUCACCCUGACACACAACGCCUCUGCCCAACACCCCUCCCCCCCAAACCUGCACUUGAAAUACCUCGACACAAUCCUCCUCACCGGCCCCGACGGCCUCCCCACCACCGGUCUAGACGCCGACGUUACCGGCGCAGCAUCCUACCCAGGCUACCCGCCGCUGCCAGCAGCCACCUACGUCGGCGAUGGCUUCGGCGGCGCAGGACCCGGCGGGAAGCGCAUCUCCCUAGAUCCGGAGGGUCUGGCGAUCGACAACGACGGCAGUUUCUGGGUGUCCGAUGAAUACGGACCGUACGUGUACAAAUUCAGUCCAGAGGGGAAGAUGAUUCUGGCGAUCCAACCACCGGAGGCAAUCCUACCUCGUCGAAACGGGACAUUGAGUUUCAGCGCAGCCAGUCCACCAGUCUAUAAUCCGGAGUUAACAAUUAACCCAGAGGAUCCCCAAUCGGGACGAAACAAUAACCAAGGCCUAGAAGCGUUGACUAUAUCCCCGGACGGAAAGACAUUAUAUACCAUGAUGCAGUCCGCGCUGAACCAAGAAGGCGGUCCGAAGAAGAAGAACCGGCAACCGGCGCGUCUUCUCGAAUAUGAUAUUGCCUCUGGAACCCCGGUCUACAGGCACGAGUAUGUGGUGCUGUUGCCGAAGUAUGAGGAUUAUACGCAGAAUGAAUCGGUUGUGGCGUCGCAGUCGGAGAUGCAUAUGCUUCCUUCGGGGGACUUUUUGGUACUGUCCCGGGAUUCGGGGUUCGGGCAUGGACAGGAUGAGACGCGAUCUGUGUAUCGGCAUGCGGAUGUGGUUGCGAUUGGGAAUUCGACCACGGAUUUGAAGGGCACGUUUGAUGGGGUGGGGGCGAGUGUUGCUUCAUCCAAGGGGGUGUUGAAGGAUGGCAUUACCCCGGUUGAGUAUUGCGAGUUUUUGGAUUAUAAUGUGGAGUCGGAGUUGGCCAAGUUUGGGCUUCAUAAUGGUGGAGCGCAGGAUGCGUGGCUGUUGAAUGAGAAGUGGGAGAGCUUUGCGCUUGUUCCGGUGGACACGGAUCAGCAGAAGCGUGGCUCGGCGAAGAAGGAGUAUUUCUUGUUCAGCUUCAGUGAUAAUGACUUUAUGACGCAGGAUGGGCACAUGGAUUUUGGACGUUACAAGUACGCCGAUGAAUCAGGUUACAACAUUGAUAACCAGGUUCUGGUCUUCAGGGUCGAAUUCUAA